AUGAAGGCAUUGAUUCUGGUUGGGGGGUUUGGAACUAGGUUGAGGCCAUUGACACUCAGUGUCCCUAAGCCUCUUGUCGAUUUUGCUAACAAACCCAUGAUUUUGCAUCAGAUAGAGGCUCUUAAGGCCGCUGGAGUCACUGAAGUGGUACUGGCCAUCAAUUACCAACCAGAGGUUAUGUUGAAUUUCUUGAAGGAUUUUGAAGCAAAAUUAGGCAUUAAGAUUAGUUGUUCACAAGAAACCGAACCACUAGGAACUGCUGGUCCCCUGGCUCUUGCUAGGGAUAAGCUGAUAGAUGAAUCUGGAGAGCCAUUUUUUGUUCUUAACAGUGAUGUUAUCAGUGACUAUCCACUUAAAGAAAUGAUUGAAUUCCACAAAUCCCAUGGAGGGGAGGCUUCCAUAAUGGUUACAAAGGUUGACGAGCCAUCAAAAUAUGGUGUUGUUGUAACGGAGGAGACCACGGGACAGGUUGAGAAAUUUGUUGAAAAACCCAAGUUGUUUGUUGGAAACAAAAUCAAUGCUGGAAUUUACCUAUUGAACCCAUCAGUUUUGGAUCGCAUUGAACUGAGGCCCACUUCUAUCGAAAAAGAAAUUUUCCCAAAGAUUGCUGCAGAGAAAAAGCUAUAUGCAAUGGUCCUUCCUGGAUUCUGGAUGGACAUCGGACAACCGAGGGACUAUAUUACUGGCUUGAGGCUUUACCUGGAGUCAUUGAGGAAGAAGUCUUCUUCUAAGCUGGCCAUUGGCUCUAACAUUGUGGGGAAUGUCAUUGUUGAUGAAACAGCCAAAAUUGGUGAGGGAUGUCUCAUUGGACCUGAUGUCGCUAUCGGUCCUGGCUGCAUUGUUGAGUCUGGUGUGAGGCUCUCACGCUGCACAGUAAUGCGAGGAGUCCGGAUUAAGAAGCAUGCUUGCAUUUCCAGCAGUAUUAUAGGGUGGCAUUCCACCGUUGGACAAUGGGCUCGAGUCGAGAAUAUGACUAUCCUUGGGGAAGAUGUUCAUGUUUGUGACGAGAUUUACAGCAAUGGAGGUGUUGUUUUGCCCCACAAGGAGAUUAAGACAAAUAUUCUGAAACCCGAGAUUGUCAUGUGA